GUCUCGUUUCGCUAUGGCCCGUACAAAGCAGACUGCCCGCAAGUCGACCGGUGGCAAGGCCCCGCGGAAGCAGCUGGCCACCAAGGCGGCCCGCAAGAGCGCGCCGGCCACCGGCGGCGUCAAGAAGCCGCACCGCUACCGGCCGGGCACCGUGGCCCUGCGCGAGAUCCGGCGCUACCAGAAGUCGACCGAGCUGCUGAUCCGCAAGCUGCCCUUCCAGCGGCUGGUGCGCGAGAUCGCGCAGGACUUCAAGACCGACCUGCGCUUCCAGAGCUCGGCCGUGAUGGCGCUGCAGGAGGCGAGCGAGGCCUACCUGGUGGGGCUGUUUGAAGACACGAACCUGUGCGCUAUCCACGCCAAGCGCGUGACCAUCAUGCCCAAAGACAUCCAGCUGGCCCGCCGCAUCCGCGGGGAGCGGGCUUAUUUGAAAAUGGGGAUAACUACCUUUUGGGGUUGUUCUGAAGAUUUGAAGAUGGUCAUUCAUACUGACACCAUAGAGAGAGAUAUCAUGGCCCGUACGAAGCAGACUGCCCGCAAGUCGACCGGUGGCAAGGCCCCGCGGAAGCAGCUGGCCACCAAGGCGGCCCGCAAGAGCGCGCCGGCCACUGGCGGCGUUAAGAAGCCGCACCGCUACCGGCCGGGCACCGUGGCCCUGCGGGAGAUCCGGCGCUACCAGAAGUCGACCGAGCUGCUGAUCCGCAAGCUGCCCUUCCAGCGGCUAGUGCGCGAGAUCGCGCAGGACUUCAAGACCGACCUGCGCUUCCAGAGCUCCGCCGUGAUGGCGCUGCAGGAGGCGAGCGAGGCCUAUCUGGUGGGGCUGUUUGAAGACACGAACCUGUGCGCCAUCCACGCCAAGCGCGUGACCAUCAUGCCCAAAGACAUCCAGCUGGCCCGCCGCAUCCGCGGGGAGCGGGCUUAAGGCACGCGUUUUAAACUAGACGAUCUAAAGGCUCUUUUCAGAGCCACCCAUGUUUUCAUAAAGAGCAG